GUCUACCAGACGCGUCUGGCCAAUACGCGCACCUCCACGACCCGGCCCCCCCCCCCCCCCCCCCCACCCAGAUCUCGCCGCGAUGGCGCCCGCCGAUGCCGCGCGCCGCCUGCUCCUGCUCCUCGCGGUGGCCGGGGCCGUCCUCCGCCCGGCCGCGGCGGAGAUCAAGCAGGAGUCCUUCAAGGACGACUCCCGCGGGACCAUCCUCUUCGAGAAGUUCGGCUUCUCGCACCGCGGGUCCGUCUCCAUCGCGCUCACCGGCGCCAAGGCCGUCUCCAAGCUCGCCAAGCCGGAGCCCGCGCAGCUCGGCUUCUUCCUCCUCUCCGACGAGGCCCUCUUCGAGGCCAUCUACGAGCAGCCGCCGCCCACGGAUCUGAACCCCAACCCCGACCCCAACACGGGCUGCGUCCUCAACAGCCGCUACGUCAUCCCGCUCUUCACCUUCGGCGACCUCGACGCCACCGGCAACUACAGCAAGACCUUCCCCGUCUCCCACCCCGACGAGUACAGCCUCUUCUUCGCCAACUGCGCGCCCGAGACCGCAGUCACCAUGGAGGUACGCACCGACAUGUACAACACCAACCCCGACGGCACCAAGGACUACCUCUCCGUCGGCCAGGCCCCCGUCCCGACGAUCUACGCCUUCUUCGCGCUCGGCUACGUCGCCUUCCUGGCCGCCUGGCUCUACCUCACCCUCUACCACAACCGCCUCUCGGCGCACCGCAUCCACCACCUCAUGUCCUGCCUGCUCCUCGCCCGUAUGCUCUACUGCAUCUCGGCCGCCGAGGACCAGCACUACAUCCGCGUCGCCGGAUCUUCGCAUGGCUGGGACGUCAUGUUCUAUCUGUUCCAGCUUGUUAAGGGUGUGAUCUUGUUCGCCGUGAUCGCGCUGAUUGGUACCGGCUGGUCGUUCCUCAAGCCCUUCCUGCAGGACAAGGAGAAGAAGGUGCUCAUGGUGGUGAUCCCGUUGCAGGUUGCAGCUAACAUUGCUGCAGCCGUCGUUGGUGAGACCGGGCAAUACUUGCAAGCAUGGGUGACAUGGAACCAGAUCUUCUUGUUUGUUGAUGUAGCCUGCUGCUGCGCGGUGCUCUUCCCGGUUGUGUGGUCGAUGCGUUCCCUGCGCGAGUCGUCCAAGACAGACGGCAAGGCUGCCCGAACCCUCGCCAAGCUCACGCUCUUCCGCCAGUUCUACGUCGUUGUGAUUGGAUACUUGUACUUCACAAGGAUCAUUGUCUACGCGCUCAAGACAAUCACCAACUACAAGUACAGAUGGGUGAGUGUCGCGGCAGAGGAGGUGGCCACCAUGGCAUUCUACAUGUUCAUGUUCUACAUGUUCAAGCCGGCUGAGAGGAACCAGUACUUUGCUCUGGAUGACGAUGAGGAGGAGGCUGCGGAGAUGGCUCUCCGUGAGGAGGAGUUCGAGCUCUAGAGUGUUGCUGCGAGGGGAUACAUGAUGACAGGAAAUGCAGCCCUACCUGUUCAAUUUCUCCUCCUUGUGAUGUUGAUCAUACUAUACAGAUGCAGGAUUUAACUUAUAUUUGUCUA